UGGAGAGCUUACUUUCCCUGGAAAUUCAAAAACGAAUCAAAUUGAAAUGGAUAGUCAGAUUAAUAUGCUAAAACAGAAGGUUGAUGAUCUUACAGCAAAACUGGAAACUGCAUCUUCAAAAUGUCUAUACCUGGAUGCAAACAACCAGCUUCUUACCCAGGAGUUAACAUCUAUGAAGGAAAUGCAGAAGAAGUAUGAAAAACUAGAGAAGAAUAAAAAGAAGUUGGAACAACUAGUAAACCUCAGAAGUCAUGUAGAAUUCAGUAUGGUAGAAUACAGUAAAAUAGAACAAUAUAAAUGGGAGCUUGAAGAAAGAACAAGAUUGAAUAUAACAGAAAAAUUAGAAGAAGCCAAUCUGUUUUUCCAGACACAAGUAGCAUCUCAAGAAAGCUUAGGACAGAUAAGAGAAACUAAUAAUGCUUUAAUAAGAAAUCAAAUGGAACUCAGAAUUGAAGACCUGGAAUUUGAACUAUCCAGAAUGAAAAGUUCUCAAGAUUUUUAUAAAACAGAAUUGGAAAAAUACAAGCAACUCUACCUAGAAGAAUUAAAAGUUCGAACGUCAUUGACAAAUGAACUGAACAAGACUAAUGAGAAGCUGGCAGAGACCAGUACCAAACUUCUGGUGGAGACACAGCAAAAAAAGUCUUUGAUUAAUACUAUUGCUAUGAGCCCUGUCCUAGAAUUGCCUUCUGUUAGAAAUAUGAAUAAUAGUUCACUGUUGAAUACAUAUGUUGCUCCAAGAGAAAACCUAGUCAUUCCUACCUCAAGCUCAUGGCCUACAAAGAAUGGCAUUGAGACUUUCUUGACCAAGGUUAGUUAUCUUUUUUUCCUUGGGUUUCAGAUUUCUGAUAUAAUUUUUGUUUUUAAUUUGGUGAAAUUCUGAGUUGCUUAACUAACACACACUAAGUAAAAGUCAUAAUUAUAUGUGCUAAUAAAGAA